AGAAUCACACAUACAAUUCUCAAGAAAUACAGCAUGCCCAUGUACUUGAUUCAAGCUCAAGUUUGCGUUUAUUGAAAGGAACUUUGAUGGAUGCCUGCUUUGUCUUUUAACUACAUUUGAUCAAAGUACUCGACCCACAGUUUUAUUACUGUAACCUCGGUGGGAUACAUCUCAAAUGCUUCAAGUAAAUCUAUUGAUACCCACUUUAAACUUAAACCAGCUUUGCAAUUUGCAAUUUGCAUUGACCUGUUUCCUCCCAGUCAAUACUUUUUGCCAGCAACUGCCAGCUUUUUUACGAGUUCAUAGUUCAUAUAUAAAGUCCCAGAAAAGAGAGAACCUUUAAGAGAUCCUCUGCUUUCGCUCUUCUCUGCAAUUUUCUGUAGAGAAUAUGUUGCCUUUGAUAGCUCUAUUCAUCUUCCACUGUGUUGCACUUGCUGCUUCUCUAAAUGAUGAAGGUCUUGCUCUUCUAUCCUUCAAACAAUCCUUAUGGAACUCCACUGUUUAUCUGGAUAACUGGAUCUCGUCUGACAUCCACCCGUGUUCGUGGUAUGGAGUUGGAUGCAAAGAAGGACGAGUCAUUUUUCUUAGUAUUCCAGAUAAGAGACUUUCUGGGUUUCUAUAUCUUGAUACUGGGAAGCUGGCUUCUCUUCGCCAUCUUAAUCUCAAGAACAAUGACUUCUAUGGAAGCUUGCCUGCUGAGCUCUUUAGUGGAACAGGGUUAAAAAGCUUGGUACUCGCAGGAAAUUCAUUUUCUGGGCGAGUACCUAAUGAGAUGGGGAACCUCAAGGACCUAAGAAUCCUUGAUCUUUCACAGAAUUCUUUCAAUGGUUCAGUACCUCCAACUCUUCUUCAAUGCAGGAAACUGAGGCAGCUUUUACUUAGUCGAAACAGCUUCACCGGAUUUCUACCAGAUGGGUUAGGAACCAAUUUGGUAAUGCUUCAGAAACUGGAUCUUUCAUUUAACAACUUCAGUGGUUUUAUCCCCAGCGACCUCGGCAAUCUGUCGAGUUUGCAAGGAACUCUUGACCUAUCUCACAAUCUUUUCAAUGGUUCUAUUCCUGCAAGUCUAGCAAAUCUUCCCGGAUCAGUCUAUAUUAAUCUCUCUUACAACAAUCUCAGUGGUGCCAUACCACAAAAUGAUGUUCUACUAAAUUUAGGACCAACAGCUUUUCUUGGCAACCCUCUCCUCUGUGGACUCCCAUUGAAAACUCCGUGCCCUUCAAAUCCAAAACCUUUACCAUAUCAACCAAAUCAACUUCCUACAGGAAACAGGUCAGGUCGGAGCCGGGCUUUUGUGAUUGCAAUUGUUGGCAGUACAGUGUUGGGAUUUGGCCUCAUCAGUGUGCUGUUCUCUUACUGGUACCGGAAAGUGUAUGUUUGUAGAAAGGGCAAACGAGUUGAGGGCAGUAUUUGUUUUGAAGAGAAAUCAAUAGUAAGAAAGGAAAUGUUCUGCUUCAGGACAGAUGACCUGGAGUCUCUGUCUGAAAAUAUGGAGCAGUACAUUUUCGUACCAUUAGACUCCCGAGUUAAAUUUGAUCUGGAACAACUGUUGAAAGCUUCUGCUUUUCUUCUGGGAAAGAGCAGAAUAGGCAUUGUCUAUAAAGUUGUUCUUGAAAAGGGGCCAACUGUAGCAGUGAGAAGGCUAGAAGAUGGAGGUUCUCAAAGUUACAGGGAGUUUCAAACUGAAGUAGAAGCAAUUGGAAAGAUUCGGCACCCAAACAUAGUCGGUCUUCUGGCUUAUUGUUGGUGUGUUAAUGAAAAGCUACUAAUCUAUGACUACAUAAACAAUGGAGAUCUUGCCACUGCAAUUCAUGGAAGAACAGGAAUGAUAUACUUCAAACCUCUUUCAUGGUCUACUCGUCUUAGAAUCAUGAAAGGAGUAGCAAAGGGACUGGCUUUUCUACAUGAAUUCAGCCCCAAAAAGUAUGUGCAUGGAAAUCUAAAGCCUAGCAAUAUUCUGCUUGGAGAGAACAUGGAACCACGCAUCUCUGAUUUUGGACUUAAUCGUUUAACUUACACAACUGAAGAAUCACUAACAGUUCAUUUAGAUCAAAUGACAAGCAGCACACCACAUCAGGGGUCUCCAUAUGCACUCACGCCCACAAAUUCAAGCCCAAUUAUGCGUUACUACGAAGCUCCAGAGGCCUCAAGAGCCUCGAAGCCAUCACAGAAGUGGGAUGUUUACUCGUUCGGAGUGAUUUUACUGGAGAUUAUUUCUGGGAAGUCACCAAUUAUUCAGACAGGUUCAUCAGAAAUGGGUCUUGUUCAAUGGACUCAGCUUAGCACUGAAGUAAAGCCAAUUUCCGAUAUAUUAGAUCCCUUUUUAGUUCAUGAUUUGGAGAAGAGAGAUGAGAUGGUUGCAUUACUUAAAAUCGCUCUAGCUUGUGUCCACAUGAGCCCUGAUAAGAGACCUGCUAUGAGGAUUGUGAGUGACACUCUGGAAAAAUUGGCCUCAUUUGCUUGAGGAGGCUUCAUGUACUCAUUCUUUGAAAAAACAGAUUGGUAUUUAUGGUUUUCUUCUGCAAAUGGGUGCAUUCUUAUCAUCUGUCCACUGCUAAUUUGCGUGCGUGUCUGUCCCGUAGGAUGUUUUUUUUGGGCUAACGCAGUUUGCCACCAUCAGCAAUGUAUAUUCGUCUCCUAGCUGCAGUUUCUAUUAUUCUAAAUAAAUAACCAUAACAGUUGAUUUGUUGGGUA